AUGGAGAGGAGAUCGGCGGCGAAGGUUGGGCUUUGGGGUGGAUCCGGUGGGCGGCCGUUCGACAUUCGUCCGUCGGCGACCGUCCCUCGCCGGCUGAACAGCAUCACCUUGUACCACUCCGAUGGCGCCAUCCACUCCUUGUACUACGACUACUACAUGAAAUCACAACGGCGAGGAGGUGGUGGUGAUGAACUCAAGCUCGUCAAGGACGGUCCAUGGGGGCAACGAUAUUCCUAUGAUUCCAUAGCAGUCCAUGACACGAUCAAGUUGUCGGCGGAUGAACAGGUGACUUCGGUGGAGGGCACCAUCGGGCGUUUCAGGGACGUGGAUGAGCCUGUGAUUACCUCCCUAACAUUCCGGACCAACGCCGGCAAGACAUACGGACCAUACGGCGGCGCCAGCGACAAGCAAGCUGGCACUCCCUUCUCGAUCCCGGUUGACAAUGGCGGCGUCGUGGUCGGAUUCUGGGGACGAGCCGGAUGGCUCAUCGAUGCCAUCGGAGUCUACAUUAGCCCAAUCUAA